AUGGGAUUUCGGGUGAGCAAAAGAAUUAUUAGGUUCUCUGCGCUGGCAGGAUUGGUGCUUCUGUGGUUAGGCCUGACUUUUGUUAAACAUGAGGGCACAACAUCCGUUAACCAUUACAUCGUUGAUAGCGUCAAAACAGGAAUUGCCAGUGUAGCCGGCAUCCAGGAGGACAAAGUGGAGGGAGAGGCUGCUAAAGAGGAAGAGAAAGAGCGGCUGGAUGCUGAGCAUGCUGCAGAGCAGGGAAUAUCCCAGGAGGAUCCCAUGAGCGAGGAAGCCAGGAAACUUCUCGAGGACAACUCUAAGGUCCGAGCUACGUUCGUAACGUUGGUGAGAAACAGCGAACUUGCGCAAAUGUCUAAUUCUAUUCGGCAAGUUGAGGAUCGUUUCAACAGUAAGUUCCACUACCCUUGGGUCUUCCUAAAUGAUGAGCCUUUUACAGAGGAAUUCAAAUCCGUCGUGAAAGAGCUCAUUAGCGGAGAUGUCGAGUUUGGCAUAAUCCCUGAGGAGCACUGGUCGUAUCCAGACUGGAUAAACCAGGAAAAGGCCGCCGCCGCACGUGAACAAAUGGCCAAAGACAACAUCAUUUACGGUGGGUCCGAGAGCUACAGGCAUAUGUGUAGGUAUGAAUCCGGGUUUUUCUGGAGACAUCCGUUAUUGGAUAACUAUGAUUGGUAUUGGAGAGUUGAGCCAGACAUCAAACUCCACUGUGACAUUGACUACGAUGUUUUCCAAUGGAUGCGGGAUAACGACAAAGAAUAUGGUUUCACUAUUUCAAUUCACGAAUACAAAGAAACCAUUCCUACCUUAUGGAAGACGACCAAAGAGUUCAUCAAAGAGCACCCGGAGUAUGUCGACAAGAACAAUAUGAGGGCCUUCAUAUCUGACGAUAAGGGCAAAAGCUACAACUUGUGUCACUUCUGGUCCAACUUCGAAAUUGCAAGUCUCAAUUUCUGGAGAUCUGAAGCCUACAGGGCUUAUUUUGACCAUUUGGAUCAUGCCGGUGGCUUCUUCUACGAGCGUUGGGGAGACGCUCCAGUACAUUCGAUCGCAGCGGCGCUCUUCCUCCCCAAGGAUAAAAUCCACUAUUUCGAAGACAUUGGUUACUUCCACAAUCCAUUUAAUAAUUGUCCCAUUGACAGUGAAGUUUAUGAAAAAGGCAAAUGCAAUUGUAAUCAAGAUUAUGACUUUACGUUCCAAGGCUAUUCGUGUGGUAACAAGUACUUUGAGGUUAACAAAAUGACUAAACCAGACGGCUGGGAAAGAUUUAUACGGACCUAA